AUGGUUUUCAAGCCAUUCACCCACCUCGCGCGCCAGAGUUUCACCAAAGCCUUCACCCAUGGCUAUGCUCAGUCGGUAGUGGCGGCGUCGCAGUCCACCUACGCGUCGUCGACCACCUUCAACUCCAUCGCCUCCCAACCCGCCAAAUUCUCCCGCACCCAACUGCAAAAUGCCUUCAACGCGUCGAGCUCGUCCGGCGCCGGCGCCAAGGCCAGCCAGGGUGGCUCGAGUAACGGUGAUUUCGGUCUAGCCGCCUACUACGCCGCCUGGCAACAUGCCCAGCAGACCGGCGAUGACAGCGACUGGAGACAGUUCCAAUUCAAGCGUCGCAUUGGUUGGAAACCCUCCGCCGAGGACAUCGAAGAGGCCAAGGAGGAACGCACCGCCUCGCCCGAACCGCCCCAUCCCACCAAGGCCGCCGUGAACGAGAAUGUCAGCGCUCAAGUAGAGGAGGCUGUCGCCCGGGAAAUUCAGAUUCAGGAGGAGCAAGCACAAGCGGAGGAGGCAACUGAAGGACACGAAACCGCGGCCGAAUCUGCGGUCGAGGAAUCUGUUCUCUCCGAUGCCGCAUCUGAGGCGACCAAGAUCGCUUCGAAUCAAAUUGUGCAGCUGUGUGUGGAGAAGAAGUAUGCCGACAUUCCUAUGGCCUUCCAAGCUGUGCUUCGUGGUGGGUUGACUCCGACUGUGGAGGCAUACAACGCCCUUCUCGUCGCUGCCAUUCGCCUGCACCCCGAGACGACCCAGGCAAUUCCUAAGGCGUUGGACGUGUACUCUGAUAUGCUCCGUCGCAGGGUAAUUCCCGACGAAGACACUUAUCAGACGCUCGUUCAACUGCUGGUUACCCAGGCACAUGAAACGAUCAAUGCCAAGGAGGUUCUGGAGCAGGAGCGCACCCGCUAUGGUGGCAUGGAGGAGCCCGGCAAGUUCAUGCUGCAGUCCAGCGAGCUGGAGCGCGACAUCCUGGCCGAGGACCACUCUCUUGCCAUCGCCGUGAAGCUAUUUGAUACCGCCGUAUCUCGACACUCGCGUCUGGCUUUCCCCGUCGACCUUUACCGUCAGCUGAUCAUUGCUUGUGCCCGCGAGGGUAACAUGGAGGAUAUGAUCCGGAUUUAUUCUCACAUGGAACAGCAAAAGGUCACCCCGCAUGCAUCUAUCUUCCCAUUCAUGAUCGAUGCCUUCGCCGGCGUCAGUGACCUCAAGAGCGCGGUCGAAUGCUACAAUGAGUACCGCUCUCUUGCUGUCUCUGACGACAGCGGAGUCUUCAGCAUUGUCCAGCGUCUGGAUGGAGAAGUUUAUGCCGCCGUGAUCCGAGCCUACAUGACCUGCGGCAAGGAAGACGGUGCCAUGCACUUCCUUGACCGGAUUCGCUCCUCCUUUGACGAAGUGACCGAGCGCGAGAGCCGAUGGGCGGCUAUCGAAGAGGUUAUUGUGCAGGACGGUCUGGUGCAACAGUCGCUCAAGGCCGGCGAGUACGGCAAGGCGCUGGAGCAAGCCAAGGAGCAAUUGCAUGAUGAGGCCCGCGAUCAGGCCAUAUCCCAGAUUUGCAUGACCGCGGCUGAUGCCGGCGAUCUCACCACUGCCUCCGAGGCCUACGAUCGCCUUUCGACCGCGCCUGCCAUCCGCCAGAAGCCCGCCAUCUCCCUCCUCGCCCUGCACAUUCGCCGGGGCAAUGUUUCAGCGGCCCGUUCCUUGUGGAUCAUGCUGAACACGGUGGGUCAGGCAACCCCGGAUAUGGUGCAGCCGACCGCUAUGUAUGCGGUAGCGCAAUUCAAGAGCGGUCAUGUCGACGAGGGUCUCCAUGAGGCCCGCAACAUGUUCACUCGUAUUCGCAAGGCCUCUCUUAACCAGACUGCUGUCGGCGCCGCCACCAGAGAACAGGUCACCGAGUCUCUUCACCUCUUCGGUCGUGUCCUCAUGCAGACGGCCGCUGUUCUCUCGCCGCAAGCUUGCAUGACCCUGUUGUGGUCGAUGGUCGAGAAUGGCGGUCUGGUGUCUCCUCUCGCCGAGCAUGCUGUCGCUAGCCUGGGCCCCAUGGGGAUUUCCCAGAUGGGCCCUGCUGAUCUCACCCUCGCUCUCCAGGUCCAGGCUGGCAUGCUCGCUAGCAACAGUGCCAUGGUGUUCGAUGUUGCUCACCCCGUCCGCUUUGCCCACAUGCUCGACGUCGCCCUGUCGGGUUCGCUCCCGUUGGAUGCCUACACUUCCAGUUUGAUUGACCAGGCCGUUUCCAAGCUUUUCGCGACUCAUCCCGAGAUCGCCAAGAGGUGGCAGGAUCAUCUAGAUGCGUCGAGCCAGGGCUCUCUGGUCUCUGAGCGCCACAGUCCCGUCUCAGCGGCUGACACUUCGAUCACGACCCCUUCGAGCCCUGAUUCCUUUGACCCGUAUGCUCAUGCCACCGACUUCCGUGGAUCUGCUCUCAUCGCUGAAGAGCUUGAGAAGACCACUGGCCGAGCCGAUGUUCACCUCAACGAGUCGUUGAUCCGCUUGAAGAACAUGCGCCGCAUUGGUCGUCACCCUCGCUACAUCACGUAUGCGAAAAUGAUCACUGCCGCUGCUAAGAUCGGCCGUAUGGAGCUGGUUCAGGAGAUCCACGAUAUGGCCCGUGUCGACGUUCCUCUCAACCCGGCUUACAACGCCGUCCAGUACGGUUGGGUCUCGAUUCUGGAUGCUAUGGUUGCUGCCUGUCUCACCCUCGGUGACCGUCACCUGGCAGGCCAGUUCCACCAGCAACUGCUGGGUCUGGGAUCUGCGCCUUCUGCCAACACCUUUGGCCUGUACAUCACCACCCUCAAGGAGUCGACGAAGACCUUCGACGAGGCCACCGAGGCUCUGAAGAUCUUCCACCGUGCUGUUGCCGAGGGAGUCGAGCCCACUUCUUUCCUGUACAAUGCUCUCAUCGGAAAGCUCGGCAAGGCCCGCCGUAUCGACGACUGCCUCGCCUACUUUGCUGAGAUGCGCGCCAACAACGUCCGUCCGACCAGUGUCACCUAUGGUACUAUCGUCAACGCCCUUUGCCGUGUCAGCGAUGAGCGUUUCGCCGAGGAGAUGUUCGAGGAGAUGGAGUCCAUGCCCAACUACAAGCCCCGCCCGGCUCCUUACAACUCCAUGAUCCAGUACUUCCUGAACACUAAGCGUGACCGCAGCAAGGUCCUGGCCUACUACGAGCGCAUGCAAUCCCGGAACAUCAAGCCCACUAUGCACACCUACAAGCUUCUCAUUGAUGCUCACGCCUCGCUCGAGCCGGUUGAUAUGGUUGCUGCGGAGAAGGUCCUGCAAUCAAUGAAGGCCGCCGGUCAGCAGCCCGAUGCCGUUCACUACGCCUCACUUAUCCACGCCCAGGGUUGUGUCCAGCACGACCUGCCCGCCGCCCGGAAGGUCUUUGACUCCGUUGUCUCCGACCGCCGCGUGCGCCCGCAGCCUUGCAUGUACCAGGCUCUCUUCGAGGCCAUGGUCGCCAACAACCGUGUCGCUGAAACCGAGGACGUCGUCAAGAACAUGAUGCAGCGCAACGUUGAGAUGACCGCCUACAUCGCCAACACUCUCAUCCAUGGAUGGGCCACCGAGGGCAACGUCUCCAAGGCCAAGGCCAUCUACGACAGCAUUGGUCUUGAGAAGCGCGAGCCUAGCACCUACGAGGCUAUGACCCGCGCUUUCCUCACUGCCGACGACCACGCCAGUGCCACCGUCAUCGUCCAGGAGAUGAUGUCGCGUGGAUACCCCUCUGCAGUGGCCAGCAAGAUCGUCGACCUUGUCGGUGGCUCUCCCUCCAUCUAA